AUGGUGUCUUCUUCUGAAGUCCCCAGUCACUUGUCCAAUAGUUGGAAAGCCACCGAAGCCCCUUCCCGACGUUCAUCGCCCCGUCUUUGCUCUGCAUGCGACGCUUGUCGUCAGUCUCGUGUCAAGUGUACCGGCGGUAAUCCAUGCCAACGUUGCGGGAACAAUGGUGCAAAUUGUCAUUACAGUGUUUCGAUGCGGAAUGGAAGGCUGAAGGCGAACAGAGUGCAAAAGCCAGCUGCUCAAGCUUCACCUCCCUACAGCGGUACUCCUACCGGCAGACAUAACCGCGGAAGCUCGAGAGACCUGCACAUGAACGACGGUCUAAGUGCAAACACAAGCACGAUAUCUGCUCCACAGUCUAUCUCCAACGAUGGGCUGUCUUCAUGUGAUACAGAUCCCUCCUUCACGGGGCCCUAUUUUGCAACUGGAUUGAACCACAGUUCCUUACUGCAAGUAUCAGCUGAUCUGAAUGUUCACCACCCAUCCAGCACCCCAAUGGAUUCUAUAACCUCCAACCUGGCUCUGUCGUCAGAUAUGCUCCUCGGCAUAGGCCUAGGUUCUGGCAGUUCUACAGAUGAUGAGUGGGGUUCUUCGACCGGAAUCUCUGGCUUUAAUAUGCCACCGAGCCCGUUCGACUUGGGUAGUCGGUCUCGCUCAGCUAGAUAUGAUAUUGACCAUAUGGUCCUGGGUUCCAUUCUUGAAUUAUCUCGUCAAACAUGUGAGCAAAUUAGACAAGAGCUGUCCUGUACGCUCUGUACAAAAGACUCAAUCCGAUUUAUCAUGACCAUCGUCGUGCUCCAGCAUCUUACAAACCUCUUCUGCAGGGUGGCCAACAAUGGUACAUGGUAUGUCUCUAAUGCACCGCUGGGCUUAGGGUCAUUUCGGCUGUCGGAGGAAGAGGACCGAGCACACAAGAGCCUACUCGUUGUCUCAUCUCUAGGUUAUGUAGAUGCUAUCCUGGACCUCCUGGGAAGUUCGGUGCGAGAGUUCCACUACGCAGAAAUUGUGCAACAGAAGACUGGUGAAAUAGCCACAGAGACGGGCCGUUCUAAUCUCAAAUGGAUCAUGGAGACGGUGUCCCGCUUGAGGGGUCAAGUCCAAACGAUGAUCAAAGUGAUAGGGGGGUUAGAUUGGGCGCGCACUACGAGUGGUAUUCAGCAGGAAUAG